AUGGUUGCCUCCAAGGCGCCCGCUUCCAAAGCUGCUAAAGCACCCGUGUCGUCAGCGGGACAGCAGAAAGCAGCUAGGAAGGCACCUUCUAAAGAAGAUGGGGACAUGAAAAAGAAGCGCAAGAAGGCAAGGAGGGAGACGUACAGCAGUUAUAUUUACAAGGUGCUAAGGCAGGUCCACCCCGAUACUGGUAUAUCGAAUAAGGGAAUGGGCGUUUUGAAUUCAUUCGUGAACGACCUGUUCGAAAGGAUCGCCACGGAAGCAAGCAAGCUCGCAUCUUAUACGAAGAAAUCUACUAUCUCCUCGCGCGAGAUUCAGACAGCAGUGAGACUCAUUCUUCCUGGAGAGCUCGCGAAGCAUGCGAUUAGUGAGGGAACGAAGAGUGUUACAAAAUUCUCUGCUGCCAGAUAA